AAGAAGUUGAGGUCUCCUUGGACCUGCUUCGUCUGUCACUUCUGCUGCUCCAUGGAUGCGGAGCUGUUCUCGAGGAGACCGAGGUGGUCUCUUUUUAACUCUUUUGGAUAAGCUCAUCACUUUUCUUGAAGGCUUAUCGAAUUCACAGUGUGUGUGUGUGUGUGUGUGUGUGGGGGGGGGCGUUAAAGCUUAAUCAUGGGAAAGUCCAGAGGGCACCUGGCCAACUUCGCAUCGCCCUCUCAUCUGUACUCCUCAUCGCCAUGAGGCUGCUGUGGAGCAGAGCUGUCCGGAGGAAGAUGCUCUACCUCUGGCUGCUGCUCAUUGGGUUCGCCCUGGUUACUCUGGUGCUCUCGGACCUCCUUAACAACCGGCACCGGGUCCGCGGUCACCAGAAACCCGGUCCUCCCCGCCGCCCCUUGCAGGGCAUUCCCAAUGCGCCCGGCCUGGAGGUGAUAGUGGACUCCUGGGACCCCGCGUUAGAGCUCGGUGUCGAUCUCGCCCCGCUAAAGUCUCUGCAAGAAGACCAGCUCCUGUUCGUGCCGUCGGCGCAGGGAACCAACAACCCGUCGCAGAAGAAGGGGAGUUACAGGGUUCUUCUCCCCGCAGCGAACAAGGACUCCCGGGCGGCCGCGCCUCCGACGCACGGCGCGACGGGGAAGGCAGCGCGGCCACGUCCGGAGGCUGUGGAGGGGGAUGCGCAGUCUUCUGCGGUGCAGAAAUACGGCUUCAACGAGGUGGUCAGCGGGAGGAUUUCACUGCAUCGCAGGCUGCCCGACACGCGCCAUCCCGAGUGUUUGGGGGAGCAGUACAGCGAGUCGCUGCCGUCGGCCAGUGUCGUUAUCUGCUUCCACGACGAGGCUUGGUCCACGCUCCUGCGCACAGUGCAGAGUGUGCUGGACACUGCGCCCGGGCAGUAUCUGCAGGAGGUUCUGUUGGUGGACGACCUCAGCCACCACGGUCACCUGAAGAGCGUGCUGAGUGAGUACGUGUCUCAUCUGGAUGGGGUGCGAUUGAUCCGCAGCACCAAGCGCCUGGGGGUCGCGGGGUGUCGUUCUCUGGGUGCUGCCAGAGCUGCAGGAGAGGUGCUGGUGUUUAUGGACUCCCACUGUGAAUGCCAGAAGGGUUGGCUGGAACCACUGCUGGAGAGAGUGGCCCAGGACAGGACCAGAGUGGUGUCCCCCAUCAUGGAUGUGAUCGACUGGCAGACAUUUGAGUACAACGCCACCCAGUGGCCAGUCAUAGGAGUGUUUGACUGGAGACUUGACUUCCACUGGGAAUCGAACUCUCGGCUGCAAGAUAAAGACUCAGCUGCUCGACCUCUGCUGAGCCCGGCGUUAGGAGGCGGAGUCGUGGCCGUGGACAGACAUUUCUUCCACAGUGUGGGAGCCUACGACCCUGGGAUGCUGCUGUGGGGAGUGGAACAAAUUGAGCUGUCAAUCAGGGUGUGGUCAUGCGGUGGCACCAUGGAGGUGGUUCCUUGCUCUCGUGUGGCCCAUCUUGACCAUCACCACCCGCCGUACCGCUUCCCAGACCAGGAUCUGCUUCAGAGGAACAAGAUCCGGACAGCCGACACCUGGAUGGACGCGUACAGGAAGAUCUUCUAUAGGAGAGACACACUCGCUCAUUUCAUCAGGCAGUCCGAGAGCCCCGACAUCACAGAGCGUCUGCGGCUCAAGAGGAAUCUGGGCUGUCGUAACUUUCACUGGUACCUGACUACAGUUUAUCCUCAACUUUACAUCCCCCAGGACAGACCUACGCUGUCCGGCGAGCUGUACAAUGUCGGCACCGGCAGCUGUGCAGACUACCCCCGGGGGCCGGGGCCGCAGGGCGGCGCCAUGAUCGCGGCGCCGUGCAGCGGGACAGGCAGCCAGCACUGCGAUCUGAACUCUGAGUUUGAAGUGCGUUGGGGUCCCUCGGGGGCUCUGUGCUUGGACGCCAGCGGAAAGAGGGCGGUCUUAUCUCCGUGCCCCACGCACAGGCCCACCGCCAGCAGACUCAAGUGGAAGUUCAUAAAGCUGAGCGGUCAACUGGUUCACCAGCAGUCCCAGUUGUGCCUGGAGGCCGUGAUGGAAGGAGGUCUCACGCCAAGCAGCCCGAGGGACGUCAACACCAACGCAAAGACGGGAGGUCUGUUCCUGCGCCCCUGCACCCAUCACCCCAGACAGCAGUGGCACUUUGAGCAGCUGGUAGCUCCUAAAGGUGCUUGAUACAGAGACAUCACAGGGGGAGGUGGGUCAGGGGGGGAGGUGAUGAACUAUGUGCUUUGUAGAGAUCCAUGCAGGAGUGGAAUGGUGCAGAAAAAUACAAAAACAGAUGCCCUUCUUUUGCUUCUUUUUGAUCCUGUUUUAAGGAUCGCAAAUACAAUUUAUUGUGAGCUAACAAACAACAGGGCGUCUAAAGUGGUAAAAUACAAGAUACAAAACUGUUUAUUUAGUAAUACGCAUUGUAUUGUAAAUUGAUUCAUAUUCAGUGUGGAAGCAUAUUCUUAAAUGAUCUUCUUUAUUAUCUACUUUAGUAGGAUAAAUGUCUUCAUGAAUCCAUGUGUGUCAUACGUCAUGUGUUCUUGAGCACACUGCUGAAAAACAGAAUCCCAUUAAACACAGAUUCAUCUCAUCUCUAUAAACCAAAUACUACAGAGGUACAAAUUAGUCCACGGUAUACUUAAAUAUUAGAUAAAACUUGUAGCCCAACACCAUCAUUACACCCUUCUUCUCUCUGAAUCGAAAAGUAGAGCUUGAAAAAAAAAUACACAAACUGAUGAAGCUAAAAGAAAAAUGAGUUAUUUUUUUAAUUACCAGUAGGGAUCAGAUAAAACAUGGAACACAAUUAGACAAGUUAGUAACAUUUAAAACAUAAAGGUAGACUUAUUAUUGAAAAUCACAUAAUAUUCAGGUCUGUAGAUACUUUUGCCUUCUUGAUGUCGUUCUGUUCCGGCAAUUAAGGUAAUUAUUCACUGCUACUAAUGACUCUCACGAUAAUGACGCUCCUCUAUUUAAGUGUUCCAGUAUAAGCUAUCACGAGAAAUACCAGACACCAAAGCAGCUAAUGGAAUAUAACCAGCAUUCAUUCAAUCAUUUAUACCUGCGCAUUGGUCGAAAUGGCAAAACAGGAGAGUGAGAGAAGUGGUCUGAAAACACCUGUGUAAGUGAUCAAAUUCAACAAAAUGCUUAAGACAAAAUGUCCUACUGGUUUUCCCCGUGUUCGGGAUUGUGUUUCACAUUCAACCUUGACCAAUACUCAUGCAUUAUCAGCUACAGAAAGCAGAGGGAGCCAUUUACCCUAAAAAGCCUUUUUAAACCCUCGUCUGAUCACUUUGUUAAUGCUACGUAAACAGUAUGAUUUACACAUGAGAGCAUCCUUAAAGAUGUCCUCAUAGCAAACACAACCAUGUGACAGUAAUAUCCAGACGCACACGUGACUGAAUAUAUUGACCUGGUACUCAGGUGUUUUUGGUUCAAGUCAUUUCCCAAUCACUAGUGUGCCCUUUAUUCAAGCCACUGAGGUUCAGAGGUCAGCUGGCAGGCAGGAGGACGCUCCCCUUGUCCCCAGGCGCCGAGUGCUAAUAACCGCCUGUCCUCUGUCCCAGUAAUGCUCCUCUUAACCCGUGGUGCACUUAGACCGGUCAAGUACACAAGCACCUUCAGAAUGAAAAAAACCCCAAAACAGUCAUGUGGUAUGUCUGCAGCUCGGAGGCACAUGCUGUUGAUUGAUACGUCCUUUCACUCGGUUACACGACCACAGGCCACUGAGCUGGUGGACAAGGGGCGCAGUGUCUCUCUGUUUUACAACUUCAGAGGUUGUCGAGAAGGACGCGGAGUCAUUGUGGGUUCGUUUCACUGUGAAGAGAAAAUGGAUGUUAGCCCAACAGACUGCAGGACAUAGUCGCCCACACCUUUAAAUCAUGACACAAUACAAUGGAUUUUAAUGAUGCUCCAAAUUUGUGACGGAAAAUUACACCGGCUUACUUUUCCGUGUGUGUUUUGGGAUU